GCGGAGUGUUGUACAGAGAGCCGCUGUACAGUCGUCAAUGGGAAGCACACGAGACGGUGGCAACGCGACGCACGUUCUACAAUAAAACACCUCCAACACCACGAUGCUGUCUGCGUCCGAGCCGUGUCUGUGGAUUAUUACAGCGUGCCUUUACGCGUCUUGUCACGUCCAAAGCGGAGAAGCACAGAACCCGAAAGAAGUGAUUUUGUUGGACUCCAAGGCCCAGCAGACAGAACUGGAGUGGAUCUCCUAUCCUCCCAAUGGGUGGGAAGAGAUCAGCGGCCUGGAUGAGAACUACACUCCCAUCCGCACCUACCAAGUGUGCCAAGUCAUGGAGCCCAAUCAGAACAACUGGCUGCGGACUAACUGGAUUGAGAAAGGCGAUGCUCAAAGAAUAUUUGUGGAGUUGAAGUUUACCUUGAGGGAUUGUAACAGCCUGCCCGGAGUGGUGGGUUCCUGUAAGGAGACUUUCAACUUGUAUUACCAGGAAACCGAUUCGGAAGUAGGACGUAGUUUACGGGAAACGCAGUAUGUCAAAAUAGACACCAUCGCAGCAGACGAGAGCUUUACUCAGGGCGACUUGGGCGAGCGAAAGAUGAAAUUGAACACGGAGGUGCGCAUCAUUGGCCCUCUGUCCCGACGCGGAUUCUACUUGGCAUUCCAGGACGUGGGCGCUUGUAUCGCUUUGGUUUCCGUCAAAGUCUACUACAAAAAGUGCUGGUCCAUUAUCGAGAACUUGGCGACGUUCCCGGACACGGUGACGGGGUCGGAGUUCAGUUCGCUGGUGGAGGUGGAAGGGAUGUGCGUGAACGAUGCGGAAGAGGAGGCCGACAAUUCUCCCAAGAUGCACUGCAGCGCGGAGGGGGAGUGGCUGGUGCCGAUUGGGAAAUGUAUUUGCAAAGCUGGAUUUCAUCAGAAGGGUGACGCAUGCGAACCCUGCGGACGUGGAUUCUACAAGUCUUCAUCCCAGGACCUGCAGUGCUCCAGAUGCCCCGCCCACAGCUUCAACGACCGUGAGGGGUCCUGGAGGUGUGACUGUGAGGAUGGAUACUACCGUGCGCUGUCUGACCCGCCCUCUGUGGCCUGCACCAGACCUCCCUCAGCGCCGCAGAACCUGGUCUACAACAUCAACCAAACCACGGUGAGCUUGGAAUGGAGCCCGCCGGCCGAUACGGGAGGCAGGAACGACGUGACGUACCGGGUCAUCUGCCGACGCUGUAGCUGGGAGCCCGAGGAGUGCGUGCCCUGCGGAGCCAACGUGGGCUACUCCCCCGGUCAGUCGGGCCUGGUGGACACGUACGUUAGCAUCACGGACCUGCUAGCACAUGCUAACUAUACUCUGGAGGUGGAGGCGGUCAACGGGGUGUCCGACCUGAGCCGCACGCAGAGGCUGUUUGCAGCGGUUAGCAUCGCCACAGGCCAAGCAGCGCCCUCCCAGGUCAGCGAGGUCAUCAAGGAGAAGAUCCAACAGCGGAGCGUGCAGCUGUCCUGGCAGGAACCGCACCACCCCAACGGCGUCAUAAAGGAGUACGAGAUCAAGUACUACGAAAAGGACCAUAAGGAUAAGGUGUCCACGGUGCGAUCCCGGUCCACAACGGCCACAGUUAACAACCUGAAGCCCAGCACGGCUUACGUGUUCCAGAUCCGAGCGUUCACCGACGCAGGAUUUGGAACGUAUGGCCCCCGAGUGGAAAUCACCACCAAAGAGGAGAGCACAGCCACCGUCGUGUCCAGCGAGCAGAACCCAGUCAUCAUCAUCGCCGUGGUGGCCGUGGCGGGGACCAUCAUCCUGGUCUUCAUGGUGUUUGGCUUCAUCAUCGGGAGAAGACACUGUGGAUACAGUAAAGCCGACCAGGAGGGGGACGAAGAGCUCUACUUUCAGUUUAAAUUUCCUGGCACAAAGACUUACAUCGACCCCGAAACCUACGAGGACCCCAACCGAGCCGUCCACCAGUUUGCCAAAGAGCUGGACGCGUCGUGCAUUAAAAUCGAGCGGGUGAUCGGAGCAGGGGAGUUCGGGGAGGUGUGCAGCGGGCGACUCAAGCUGCCCGGGAAGAGGGACGUGCCGGUGGCCAUUAAGACCCUGAAAGUGGGCUACACCGAGAAGCAGAGGCGGGACUUUCUGUGUGAGGCCAGCAUCAUGGGGCAGUUCGAUCACCCCAAUGUGGUGCACCUGGAGGGGGUUGUCACCAGAGGUAAACCAGUGAUGAUCGUCAUCGAGUACAUGGAGAAUGGAUCAUUAGACGCCUUCCUCAGGAAACACGACGGUCAGUUCACGGUGAUCCAGCUGGUGGGCAUGCUCCGGGGAAUCGCAGCCGGGAUGAGGUACCUUUCCGAAAUGGGAUACGUGCACCGAGAUCUGGCAGCACGCAACAUCCUGGUCAACAGCAACCUCGUCUGUAAAGUGUCGGACUUCGGCCUGUCGCGCGUGAUGGACGACGACCCCGAGGCUGUCUACACAACAACCGGAGGCAAGAUCCCAGUGCGAUGGACCGCUCCAGAGGCCAUCCAGUACCGGAAGUUCACCUCUGCCAGUGAUGUGUGGAGCUACGGCAUCGUAAUGUGGGAAGUCAUGUCCUACGGGGAGCGGCCCUACUGGGACAUGUCCAACCAGGAUGUGAUAAAGGCCAUAGAGGAGGGAUACCGGCUGCCCGCGCCCAUGGACUGCCCCCCCGGCCUGCACCAGCUCAUGUUAGACUGCUGGCAGAAGGACCGGGCGGAGCGGCCUAAGUUUGACCAGAUCGUGGGCGUGCUGGACAAGAUGAUCCGGAACCCCAACACUCUCAAAACACCAGUGGGCACAUGCACAAGACCCAUUAGCCCGCUGUUGGAUCAGAACACCCCAGACUUCACGGCGUUCCGCACGGUGGGAGAGUGGCUGGAAGCCAUCAAGAUGGAGCGAUACCGAGACAACUUCACAGCGGCAGGCUACAGCUCCCUGGAGUCUGUGGCCCGGAUGUCAAUCGAAGACGUCAUGAGUUUGGGGAUCUCAUUGGUGGGUCAUCAGAAGAAGAUCAUGAGCAGCAUACAGACUACUCGCGCCCAAAUGUUGCACCUCCACGGCACCGGAGUCCAAGUCUGACGUUACCAUGACGAUUAGGCGGAACUCUUAGUAUCGUGCGUACUUCCGGAGCGGUACCCCGGGGAUCUCUUCCGGGCCGCGGACUUAUUACCGGAAUUUUGUUCAGGUGCGGAGCGAACCAUUCCUCCGGGAAGGAUCGCCGAAGUCCGACUCUACUGAGGGCGCUGGCAACAUAGGACAAGUGCAAAACCUCCAACAGCAAAGAAACUACCUGGAUGACUAUUUCAUUUCUACUUUUGUUUUUGUUUCCGAAGCGCUUACGAACUCUUCCACAUAUCAACAGCGCUUUGGGAUUUUGAUUUGAUCUUUUUGAGAACAUUACAAUGGAUUUACUGAACUUGACACAGGGUAAACUAUCUUGUCUGUAACGGAGUAUCAGUGACUGUGACAAGAACGGGGAGGAGGAAUUUCGGAAGAUUGCACCUGUCCGAACCUUUGAAUCACCACUUUUUUGUAUUUUUAGUAGCAAUAUCUAUUAGUGUUCACUACAGGAAUGAUCUGAUUGUAUCGGCACCGCAAACUGGCUUGUCUUUUCUUACCUGAAAUGUUUUCGAUGGGAAGUCCUGAUACUGCCUUAAAUGUAUUAGAAGUAUUGACACUGUCUUAGCUUGGGGAAUGGCUAGCAAGAAAUACUAGCAAGGUCUUUUUUUUUUUUUUUUUUUUCAAAUGGAAUCAUUCAAGCUAAAGGCACGGACACAGCGUAACGGUUGGUAGAUUGACUAAACAGAGCAAUAAUUACAAGUUGAAUACGAUUAUCUAUUACGGUGCUAGGGUUUGCGGUGGGGCUAACAAUUUGUAAAGCGAGCUAGGAGCCUGUGAUCAAGCCUCAGUCGCCCCAAUGAAAGACUGUAAAGAUGUAUUUUCGCUGCAAUGACAUGCUCGGUAUUUGAUGAGAAUCUGAGGCGGCGUUUCAAAGCGGCGCAGAUGUGAGGGGCUGGAGAGGGCUGUUAGCUACGGUGACGUCAUUCGCUAACACGCUAACACACACACACAAUCAAAGAGCGACUACAGACCAAAAGGCAAGGCUCAAAAAUGCAUAGAUGUGUAGUAGAGUGUAUCCGACCGCUGAGUAUGUGCGAAAUGCUAAAUGGAUCCAUUGGGUGCCAUCUGCCUCUCCUUCUAAGCAGGCGAGACGUAGGUUUAGAUCAGUGCUCUGAGAGUAGAACAUGGGGGUAAAGGAAAGAGACAUACAUUUAGAACAAAACUGGUUCAGCUGCUGUAAGACAAUACUUUAUUUCAUACAGGUGGCAAUGAAUAAAGAAACACAAAAUUACACAUUUUGGGUUUUCAAUUGUAUUUAGAUGUAUCCUAAAGCACAGUACAGACUUACACCAAUACACUUUACUUAAGUAUGAAUUUGAAUGACAUACAUAAAUGUGUAUAGACUGCAUUUUCAAUUUGGGCCCUGUGGAAAACGAUAAAUGAUAAUCAAAACAUUUAUUUUUAACACAUUGUACAUUUCCACACAAAAUGAUUGUACUUUGUCAUGUUAAUAUGUGGUCUUGUACAAGUUCUGAUUUAGGUCACGAUCAUUUUAAAACAGCUCAAGAAAGGCUCAACUGGCUGUGUGCACAACAGGAGCUAGUUCCAAUCAGAGGGGCAGCUGGUCCAACCAUUUCCAGCGUAAUGUAAUCCCUAUAAGGUCUUUGCCAAGUCACUCUAAAAUCAAUAAAUCCUGACAGAUCAGACAGUGGACGGGGAGCUGCGGAUGGAUGUCACUGACAACGUGUUAAACACUUUACAAAUGUGACAAAAACUUCACCAAAGGACACUUCUGAUACUGCCUUAUCAGUAUGUGUCUGUGAGUCGAUGCUAAUGCUAAUGUUUACUAGAACGUCAAAUGUAACAUAACAACGAAAUUUAAUUUGUUGUAAGGAUGACCCAACUAUUUUUAGGCGUAGAUUAUUUCAGUCAGUGGCGUUAUUAAAUAUUUAUUAAGCUCUGACAAUAGCAUUAACCCCGACACACAAAGAUGUACCUGAAGUCUCGUCUGGUGAAGUUUUCUCUGCAUUUGUAAAGUGUUUAACACAUUGUCAUUGACAUCCACCCGCAGCUCCCUGUCCGCUGCCUGAUCUGUCAGGGUUUAUUGAUUUUAGAGCGACUUGGCAAAGACCUCAUGGACAUGACAUUACGCCGGAAAUGGUCGAGCCGACUGUCCCUUUGAUUGGACUUAGCCUGCAACCUGAGUAAAGUUAAAUGCUGUAUAGUUACAUCCACUUUUCUCCUUGUGAGACAUGAGUCCACCAUGGUGAGCGGCGCUGCUCAGUCUGUGUAGCGGUGCAGAAUGGGCUAGCUAGCAUUGGUGCCCGAGCACAGGGCCGUUUUCACAGUCGGCCUCCCCUUAGUGAACGCUGUGAGCAGUGAGCCCUCGGAGCCCGACACACAGCCUCUUUAUCCAUCCAGCGCGCUCAGCAGUUGGGCUCCAGCCAGAACCUUUGAAUUGAACACUGACCUAAAGUCAUUUGCUCAGCACAAAAACACACGGCCCCCUCUCUCUCCACCUUGCUUCCACCAGAGCGGGUCGCCCCCUGGAGGCCCCCCGCGGACCCCCGAGCUAAAAUACCUCUGCCCCUGUCCCGCUGUGCUGGAGAGGCGGCAGGUUCAGCCAAAUUGAGAUUAAGGCCAGGAUACAAUCGAUAGAGUGUCCCGAUCCCACACAACCUUCACCAAUGACAGCCACUCUGCGACUCCCAGCGUGUUUGGGCUCUGCAGUGCACUGUCAGGACAAGGCUAACACAGGAAAAUGCAAAAAACACACUAUGGAGGAAGUGGACUUUUGAAUGAAAUCAGGGCCGCGUUGUUUAGACACAUUUCCACUGAGAGGUACACUGUGUUGUUGUUGUUGUUUUUUUAUUUAUUUAAUUAUUAGGACAAUGUACAAUUAGGCUACAUUAAGCAUAGAGAUGUACCAGACUGUAGCUUAACUAAUAAUUGAACUAAUACUCAUACUAAGCUAAUGUCCAUCUCCUUGGGUGGAGGGCUCAUGGUGCAUAUCCUAUUGAGCAGAUAAUACAUUCGACUCUUUCAUUAUCACUUAACAACUUUUAAAUUAACCCCAGCAUUCGCACUCAUACAGCCUAGAAUGGACUAGAAUUAAACUUUUAAAAACAUUUAAACUGCAGUAAAAUGUAUUGUGUAACGUAUUCCUUUACAUGGUCCUACCAGAGUACUGUAUUCUUCUGAAAUACUUAGAAUACUAUACUGAAUACUUAUUUCUGCUACAUGUAUUUAGUUUCCUCCCAACACUGGAGGUACAUUAUAGCUGUUAUGAGUACUGUGCAUCAUCAUCAAUACAAGUACAUGGAUUCUACAGUUUGUACUUUACUGUAAGCGCUGGCACUAAAUCGUAAGGUUAAUAUUUAAAGUAUGCCAAGUCAUUUUAAUAAUAAGAAAGUUUACUAUUAUUCAAAACUAGAAUAAAGUGAAAUCUCAUUUAAUCACUGGCAAAAGUAUGAUUUUUGAACCUCAAAAGAAACAAAAAGAUAUUGAAAUCUUGCUUCAGAACUGUCAGAUUUUGGUGGUCCUUAAAACAAUAAAACAUCACAAAACUCCACCACAAACCGCUGUGUACCUCUCGGUGGGACUGCCCCUUUGUCGACAGAACAGAAUGAGGUGUUGGCGCGUUCCCAAAGAGCAGCACCACUGAUUGUCCAGAGCGAGGGAAAACUUUGUAGGCGUUCUAAUUGUAAAACUUGUACAUUUUAUUUAUAUGUUUUUUUACACCUAUUACUCAGUAGAGCUCUGAAUACUUUGAAAUGCACUAUAUUUUUCUAUGUCCAGAGGAAUUAUUGUCACACCGACUUCAGUUGUACAUACUUUUUCAUUUAGGACCAAAGACGGCUGGUUUAGUAGGAGUUUCAUGAUUUUCUUUGGCCCGUUCUGUUGACUGUACAGUGAUGCAAAGUGUUGAUUUGAUUAUUUAUUUCACUCUGAUGGACUUUGAGCAGAUUCACUGGUCAUGGUACAGUUUUCCCUCCCCACGUUGAGUUAAGACUUGUUACAUAGACAAUUCUUUUGCUUUGUAACCUUUGUACUAGACUGUACAUAUAUUUUUGGAAAUAUAUUACGAUCUCUACAGAA